CUGUCCCCAGGCUGUGGCUUGCUGGAGUGGAAGCCCCUAGAAGGCAAAGGCAACGCCAUGUCCACAUUCAGGCAGGAAGACGUGGAGGACCACUACGAGAUGGGGGAGGAGCUGGGCAGCGGCCAGUUUGCCAUCGUGCGGAAGUGCCGGCAGAAGGGCACAGGGAAGGAAUACGCAGCCAAGUUCAUCAAGAAACGCCGCCUGUCAUCCAGCCGGCGGGGUGUGAGCCGUGAGGAGAUCGAGCGGGAGGUGAAUAUCCUGCGUGAGAUCCGACACCCCAACAUCAUCACGUUACAUGACAUCUUCGAGAACAAGACGGACGUGGUGCUCAUCCUGGAGCUGGUCUCGGGGGGUGAGCUCUUCGACUUCCUGGCUGAGAAGGAGUCGUUAACCGAGGACGAAGCUACUCAGUUUCUCAAGCAGAUCCUGGACGGUGUCCACUACCUGCACUCCAAGCGCAUUGCCCACUUUGACCUCAAGCCUGAGAACAUCAUGCUCCUAGACAAGGGAGUGCCCAGCCCCCGCAUCAAGCUCAUCGACUUCGGCAUUGCCCACAAGAUUGAGGCUGGCAACGAGUUCAAGAAUAUCUUUGGAACCCCUGAGUUUGUAGCUCCCGAGAUCGUCAACUAUGAGCCCCUGGGGCUGGAGGCUGACAUGUGGAGCAUCGGGGUCAUCACCUACAUCCUCUUAAGUGGCGCGUCCCCAUUCCUGGGUGAGACCAAGCAGGAGACACUGACCAACAUCUCGGCCGUGAACUACGACUUCGAUGAGGAAUACUUCAGCAGCACCAGCGAGCUGGCCAAGGACUUCAUCCGCCGGCUGCUCGUCAAAGACCCCAAGAGGAGAAUGACCAUUGCCCAGAGCCUGGAACAUUCCUGGAUCAAGGCAAUCAAGCGGCGGAACGUGCGGAGCGAGGAGAGCGGCCGGAAGCCUGAGCGGCGGCGGCUGAAGACCACGCGCCUCAAGGAGUACACCAUCAAGUCUCACUCGAGCAUGCCGCCCAACAACACCUACAUCAACUUUGAGCGCUUCUCCAAGGUGCUGGAGGAGGUGGCGGCUGCCGAGGAGGGGCUGCGCGAGCUGGAGCGCAGCAAGCGGCACUUCCGCGAGGACAUCGAGACGCUGACGGCAAUCUACGAGGAGAAGGAGGCCUGGUACAAGGAGGAGCACGAGACCAUCGGCCAGGACCUGCGGCGCCUGCGCCAGGAGCUGCACAAGACCGAGGCGCUCAAGCGGCAGGUCCAGGAAGAAGCCAAGGGCGCGCUGCUGGGCGCCAGCGGCCUCAAGCGCCGCUUCAGCCGCCUGGAGAACCGCUACGAGGCUCUGGCCCAGCAGGUGGCGUCCGAGAUGCGCUUUGUGCAAGAGCUAGUGCGCGCCCUGGAGCAAGAGAAGCUGCAGGCCGGGGACUGUGGCCUGCGCUAGG